AACAGAUGGAGAAGUAAAGAAAUUUAUUUCUUAAUUUGGUUUCUUUGUUUUUUCAUUUUUGUUCUUAAUUGUAGGUUGAACAGAAUUUACUUGAUAAAGUUUGGCCACAUUUACGUGUACUAGCUCGUUCAUCGCCACAAGAUAAAUAUAUACUUGUAAGAGGUAUUAUGGCAUCAAGAAUCAAUCCGGCACGUGAAAUUGUUGCUGUUACUGCUAAUGGGACAAAUGAUAUUCCUUCUUUGAAAAUAGCUGAUGUCGGCUUUGCUAUGGGCAUUCAAGGUACUGAUGUAGCAAAAGAAGCAUCAGAUAUAAUUCUAGUUGAUGAUAAUUUGGUUUCAAUUGUCAAAGCUGUUAUGUGGAGUCGCAAUUUUUAUGAUUCAAUAGCAAAAUCACUUCAAUUUCAAUUAACUGUUAAAUGUCCAUUACGUGAUAUACAUAUGUUAUGGAUUUAUUUAACUAUGAAUAUAUUCGCAUCAUUAAUAUUUGUUUUUAACGUACCAACAGAAGAUAUAUUAACACGUAAACCAUAUGGAUGUACACGGCCAUUAAUAUCACGAAGAAUGAUGAAAAAUAUUGUUGGUCAUGCUAUUUAUCAAUUAACUGUUAUCUUUUUUAUUUUAUCUGCUGGACCUACAAUAUUCAGUAUUGGUGAUGGGCGUCCAGUUGAUAGUAUAUUUAAAUCAUCCGAACAUUUUACAAUAAUAUUUAAUGUAUUUAUCUUAAUGAAUUUAUUUAACGAAAUAAAUUAUCAACAAAUUCAUGGUGAAAAGAAUGUUUUCCAUACACUAUCUAAAAAUUCAAUCUUUUAUGGUAUAUGGAUUUUUACAUUUGUUGCUCAAAUUGCUCUUGUUCACUAUGGUUCAUUAGCAUUUUCUUGUGUUGCAUUAACAUUUAAACAAUGGAUAUGGUGUCUUCUUCUUGGUGCCUCAGUUCUUCCAUGGAAUCAAGUAACAAUAUUUAGUUUUGUUUUAUUAUAUUUUAUAACAAAUUUUAUUUGUUUUAGGUGGUUAAUUUGA